GUCUGGGCUGGAGGUGGAGUCUCCCGCCAAUUCAAUCCUCGGCUAUAAAUUGAGCUCCCUGCACCGCCAAAGCCCAGAUGUCUCGCCAGGCCGCGUCGCGGUUGGUGGUUGGCGAAGACGAGGGGUCCCAGGGGGCUUUGGGGCCUGCAGCCACCAUGCUCCGCUCCCUGCUGCUUCACUCCCUGAGGCUGUGCGCCCAGACUGCCUCGUGCCUCGUACUCUUCCCGCGCUUCCUUGGCACAGCCUUCAUGCUUUGGCUCCUUGACUUCCUGUGCAUCCGCAAGCAUAUUCUGGGCCGCCGCCGCAGGGGGCAGCCCGAGCCUGAAGUAGAGCUCAACAGUGAAGGCGAGGAGGUGCCCCCUGACGACCCGCCCAUCUGCGUGUCGGACGAUAACCGCCUGUGCACUCUGGCGUCGCUCAAAGCGGUGUGGCAUGGCCAAAAGUUGGAUUUCUUCAAACAGGCGCAUGAGGGUGGUCCAGCGCCCAACUCCGAAGUGGUCCUGCCGGAUGGCUUCCAGAGCCAGCGCAUUCUUGAUUAUGCGCAAGGGAACCGCCCGCUGGUGCUCAAUUUUGGCAGCUGCACCUGACCACCAUUCAUGGCGCGCAUGAGCGCCUUCCAGCGCCUGGUCACCAAGUACCAGCGCGACGUCGACUUCCUCAUCAUCUACAUCGAAGAAGCACACCCCUCCGAUGGCUGGGUCACCACAGACUCUCCCUACAUCAUCCCGCAGCACCGAAGCCUGGAAGACCGGGUCAGCGCAGCGAGGGUACUGCAGCAAGGUGCACCCGGCUGCUCCCUGGUCCUCGACACCAUGGCCAACUCUAGCAGCUCAGCCUAUGGUGCUUACUUCGAGCGCCUCUACGUCAUACAGAGUGGCACCAUUAUGUACCAGGGUGGCCGUGGCCCUGAUGGCUACCAGGUCUCCGAGCUGCGUACUUGGUUAGAGCGCUACGAUGAGCAACUGCAUGGCACUCGGCCCCGUAGGGUGUAAACAACCAAUGGAAAAUUAACUGAACUUGGCGGGCUGGGCCUUCGAGCCUUCGAUGCCUGCGUGCAAGCACCCCAAACGAAGUCGUCAAGCUUGGCGAGGCCCCAGUGGCACAGAUGCACUGAGCCUUGGAUCUCGGGCUACCUGAACACUUUCCCCUACCUCCCCAAGACUCUGCUUCUGUGAUUGUCUCUCCUUUAUGCCUGCCUGGCUCACUUGAAUCCCCUGAGUACUGAUGUGGUGCACCCCUGCCUGUGUGUCCCCAGGACUUGCCCCUACAGCACUUUCUCAGACCCAUCACCUUCGCCCUUUUAGCCAAAUGCUUUGCCCCUGUGCCUCCCACUGUACAGAGACCUUGGCUGUGCCUGCCCACCCCAAGUGCAGCUGGGUUCCCACAGGCUUCAGCUCUACUUGAGCUAGUUGCCUGGCACCCACCUGUCACACGCGGGAAGGGGGCUUCCUGCUGCUUUUGUGUCUAUUUCUUGUUCCUAAGUUGGGGAAGGGGAUGGGGACGGGGUGGGCAGGGUAGUUUCCCCCCCUUGUUUUGGGUGCGCAGGAGCCCCUCUGCUGAUGACGAACUGUCUCUAACUGGUUCUUACCACGGGUUGGUUCUGAAUUGCAGGGGACUUGAAGCAGUGCCUAAACCCAGAGGGGAAAGUGCUCUGGGUUUCCAUGAGGAAACUACUCUAAAUGGGAUGGGAGGGAGGUCGGGAGGGGUGUGCUUGGGACCAGAGGAAGAUGGCUUGGGAGGUUUUGGCGAGGUUCGCAGCGCCCCAGGGAGAGAGAAGAGGCUAAGACUCCUGGGGAACGGUUUGGGUAGGGAGUCUGGGGAAAGAGAGAUGGGGGGAGAGCCUGGGUCCCCCAAGUGAGGGGAUUCCUGGGCAGAGCUGCCGAUUGUGGGGCCAGGAAAUGGAAGGCCCCUGAUUUGAAGGCCAUUUGAUGACUGUUUUGCUGGAAAAUUUUUCCUGUAUAUAAACUUCUUUUAGGCUACAAUAA